UUUCAUUCUAAAAGGCUAUCUACAUGAGGAUAAGCCUGCAUUUAAGAUAUGGUCUGUUGAAAUAGGUGAAUGAGGAUACUUUUGGUUUGCUGACAUAUGUUUCCAGCUGUGUUUCCAGCUUUUUUUUUUAGUACCUAAAGAUGAAGGACGCGUAUAAAACGGCAGAGCUAAUGUGUUUCUGUGAGGCCUUUAUGUAAGCCUCUGUUGUCUGGACGUGGUGCUAGAGGACAGGCAAUCUGCUUUUGAUCAGCUGAUUGUAACUGCAGAAAGAGACCCUUUUAAAGUGUAUUACAGCUGAAAUUAUUUUACUCUUUGGCAUGCACAGAAUGAAAGGGAAAAUUAAGUUUUACUGAUCAGGGACAUUUUAUCGAUCUAAGAAAGGGAAGGUUACGUUGUCCUUGUUUUCAUUUCAAACCAAGAACUGGCAAUAUAUUUUUCUUAGAAUUUGACUGCUAAGGAGAUCUCCACAAAGUAAAGCAAGUCAGAUGUCCGCAAACGACUCUUCUCCCCCAUCCUUACAGAAAUUUUCCCCACCAGCGUGUCAUGCUUCUGCACCACAAACCCCGUCUUUGUCUUCAAGUCCCCAGUCGGGGCUCUCCAGUCGACUCUCCAAUGGCAGUUUCAGCACCCAGAGCCUCACCAACUCCCGGGGCUCUAUGCACGGGGUCUCCUUCCUUCUGCAGAUUGGUCUCACUCGAGAGACUGUCACCAUUGAAACUCAGGACCUGUCCCUCUCUGCUGUCAAAGACCUCGUGUGCUCUAUAGUUUACCAAAAGUUCCCAGAGUGUGGUUUCUUUGGCAUGUAUGACAAAAUUCUCCUCUUCCGUCAUGACCUGAACUCAGAUAAUAUUUUGCAACGAAUUACGUCAGCAGAAGAGAUACAUGAGGGUGAUCUUGUUGAGGUUGUACUGUCUGCUUUGGCUACAGUUGAAGAUUUCCAGAUUCGUCCUCAUGCACUUUAUGUGCAUUCCUACAAGGCUCCUACUUUUUGUGACUACUGUGGAGAGAUGCUUUGGGGUUUGGUACGACAAGGAUUAAAGUGUGAAGGUUGUGGGUUAAACUACCAUAAGCGAUGUGCCUUCAAGAUUCCAAAUAACUGCAGCGGAAUAAGAAAGAGGCGUCUGUCUAACGUGUCUUUACCGGGAGCAGGGCUUUCAGUUCCAAGACCAGCCCAAGCUGAAUAUACAUCCUCUGCCUCUGAAGAGCGCUGCUGCCCGGAACCUAGUAAGAGGAUUCCCUCGUGGAGUGGCCGUCCCAUCUGGAUGGAAAAGAUGGUGCUUUGCAGGGUGAAGGUGCCACACACCUUUGCUGUUCACUCCUACACUCGUCCCACCAUAUGCCAGUAUUGUAAACGGCUACUCAAGGGCCUCUUUCGCCAAGGGAUGCAAUGUAAAGAUUGCAGAUUCAAUUGUCACAAACGCUGUGCAUCUAAAGUACCUAGAGACUGUCUCGGAGAGGUGAUUUUCAAUGGAGAACCUGCUAGCCCAGGCCAGGACUUGGACAUGCCAAUGGAAGUUGAUAGCAGUGAAAUGAACAGUGAUGGUAGUCGAAGUCUAGAUGAUGCUGAAGAGCCCUCUCCUCCAGAGGACAAAAUCUUCUUUAUGGAUCCAUCUGAUCUUGAUACAGACAAAGAUGAGGAAGCUGUCAAGACUAUCAGUCCUUCAACAAGCAGUAAUAUUCCUCUCAUGAGAGUCGUACAGUCAAUCAAGCACACAAAGAGGAAGAGCAGUACAAUGGUGAAGGAAGGAUGGAUGGUUCACUACACUAGUAGAGACAAUCUGAGAAAAAGACAUUACUGGAGACUGGACAGCAAAUGCCUCACACUAUUUCAAAAUGAAUCUGGAACAAAAUAUUACAAGGAGAUUCCACUUUCAGAAAUUCUCCAGGUGACUCAGCCUCGAGAUUUUUCAAAUGUGGUGCAGGGCAGCAACCCGUACUGUUUUGAGAUCAUCACUGACACCAUGGUGUACUUUGUUGGCGAAAACAAUGGCAGCAGUCAUCACAGUCCUGUUCUUGCUGCCACCGGAGUUGGACUUGACGUAGCUCAGGGCUGGGAGAAAGCCAUUCGUCAGGCUUUGAUGCCAGUCACUCCUCAAGCUAGCGUUUGCACUGCUGCAGGACAAGGAAAAGAUCACAAAGAGUUAUCCCUGAGCAUCUCUGUUUCAAACUCUCAGGUCCAGGAGAAUGUGGAUAUCAGCUCUGUGUACCAAAUAUUUGCUGAUGAAGUGCUGGGUUCUGGUCAGUUUGGUAUCGUGUAUGGAGGAAAGCACAGGAAGACUGGAAGAGAUGUGGCUAUCAAAGUCAUUGACAAGAUGAGGUUUCCAACUAAACAGGAAAGUCAGCUUCGUAACGAAGUAGCCAUUCUCCAGAAUUUGCACCACCCUGGGAUUGUGAACCUGGAAUGUAUGUUUGAAACCCCAGAACGAGUCUUUGUUGUGAUGGAAAAGCUGCAUGGGGAUAUGCUAGAGAUGAUUCUUUCCAGCGAGAAAAGUCGACUUCCAGAACGAAUAACUAAGUUCAUGGUCACUCAGAUACUUGUUGCUUUGAGGAAUUUGCACUUCAAGAAUAUUGUGCACUGUGAUUUAAAACCAGAAAAUGUACUACUAGCAUCAGCAGAGCCAUUCCCUCAAGUGAAGCUGUGUGACUUUGGCUUUGCACGUAUCAUUGGUGAAAAAUCUUUCAGGCGCUCUGUGGUGGGCACACCUGCUUAUCUUGCCCCUGAAGUGCUCAGGAGUAAAGGUUACAACCGCUCUCUAGACAUGUGGUCAGUAGGGGUUAUUGUCUACGUGAGCCUUAGUGGUACGUUUCCUUUUAAUGAAGACGAGGACAUAAAUGAUCAGAUUCAAAAUGCAGCCUUCAUGUACCCACCAAAUCCUUGGAAGGAAAUUUCCAGUGAAGCCAUUGAUUUGAUAAACAAUUUGCUUCAAGUGAAGAUGAGAAAACGUUUCAGUGUUGACAAAUCCCUUAGUCACCCGUGGUUACAGGAUUACCAGACUUGGCUUGACCUCAGAGAAUUUGAAACACGCAUUGGAGAACGUUACAUUACCCAUGAGAGUGAUGAUGCACGCUGGAAAGAACAUGCUUAUGAACACAACCUUGAGUACCCCCAGCAUUUUAUUAUGGCUCCUAAUCCAGAUGACAUGGAAGAAGACCCUUGAUUUAUUCAUUAUGCUAAGUUACAGCAAAAAAUACUCCAGAGAAAAACUGAGGAUAAGUUUUGGAACAACUGUUGCUCUUUCUGAAGUGCUAUAUACAUAGUUCAGUGUAUGACGUCCCAGAGGAUCCUGCAUUGACCUGAGACUAGACUGUCAUCUGACAAGAUUUUCUCCAUCACUGACUUAAACUAUGAGUAGUUACUGGACAGUAAGAUAAACCUCCUUUGGUAACAUUUCACCAAGCUGUGUGGCUACAAAGCCAUUACUGAGGUGUCACGUGUACAGAUUGGUUUGUGUGUUUUUCAAGGAUUUUUGUUGUUGUUUUGUUUUCAUAGACUACACAAUAAGAAUUUUGUAAUGGUUUUCUAAUCCCUAUUUACUAGACCAUAGAGGACUGUUUUCUGUUACUUAGAUACAUCUCCCAUUUCCCAAACUGUGUAUGGGGAAAAGAGACUGUAAAAAGAGAUCAGUGCAGUGUACCUUGGCUAAUAGCAAAUUGUGUUGGUUUAAGUUGAACACAGCUUCAUCCAUGAAGGAAUAAUUUGCUGCUGUUAAAACACCUAAAUAGGAGUGGCUUUGCCCUAACUGGACUUUAUCCAGAUACUCCAAAAAAAGAAGACCCCACAAAUUCCUCUGAAAGUAAUGGCUGACAAUCUAAAGAAACGACAAUCACAGUUAUGCUAGUUCUUUGUUUUGUCUGUUAAACCUGAGCAAUAAGCCACAACAGUGUGUUGCUGUGCAAGGCUGGCACACUUCAUUGAUACACACCAAAGGCAUUUUGUCUUCAAGCUAUACAAGUAAUGCACAGAGAGCAUACAGGACUUUUGAUGUAGCUUAUCCUUUCACACAGAAGGAUGUGGAAGAAUAGGGAAACAUAUGUGCAGCUUUUCUUAUGUUGUUUUAUUAGAUUUUAAUUCUUUUCUACUAUUUUUGUAAUUUGUUUUAAGGUUCCCCGGACUUUCAUCAGGAGUAGUUUGUAGCCUGCUAGCUUGUAUCUUAACUUGGCUCAGAACCUAGGAGCAACAGUAGAUAUCAAAUCACCUGUUGCUUCUACCAGGGCAGCUGGAUUGUAGGAGACAGAUUGUAGGGCUUUACCUUCUGACCUUAACCUGCAGCCCCUCCCGUCCUCUUCACUGUGCUCAUCAUUGUUAUUUCAGCUGAAUGAAGAGUCUAAAACUGAUUGGAAUUAUUUUUUUUAUGCAGAUGUCUCAGUUGAGGGAUGCCCACCAGUGUUCUGUGAAAUGAGUCCUUCAGAGAACAGUGUAACAGUUAAUGUCAUCAAGAUGUUUGAGGCUGUCAAUGCUAAAUGCAAAUGGAGGA